GGUGGCACAUUGCAGCUCCGAAUAGCGUCCAGGUGCUGCCACGGUGGAGUGCCUGGGAACAACUUCGCGGGUGCCGCGGAUUGCCAGUGGGUUGCAAUGGAAAGACUGCAGAGAGAAGGGCAAAAGGCAAUAAAAAUGGAAAAGCGGGACUCUGAUGGACUUGACAAGAGGAAAAAAUCGGAGACAGGAGGAAGAGACUCUUCUGUUUUCCAGACUGGGACUGUUCGGGAGCUUCUGUCUGGGAUGGCUUCAAAGCCAAUUAAACAGGAACCAGAGGAAGAGUUGCAGCAGCGCUGGGAAGCCCAGUGGCAGGAGUUCCUGAGGACAAUGCAGGCCCCCUGCUCAGGAUGGAAGCACACACAGCUUCCUCAGCCUGUGUCCAGAGAGAGUCCUAAGGCAUUUCAGGCCUCCUUCAAGGGAAUAGCCGAUGCAAGCUGGUGGCCUAGUGGAGAGUGUUUGACCCAAACUCCGCCAGGCCUGACUAGAGAAGCCCUUGAGGCCUACAAACACAGCCUGGAUUCAUCUGUGAAGGUGAAGGAAGAGAUUCUGGACGAGGACCCUGUCAGCAUAGAGAUGCGACGCCAGCACUUCCGGCAUUUCUGCUACUGGGAGGCCAAGAGGCCCCAGGACGUUUGCAGGCAGCUCCAGGAGCUUUGCCGUCGGUGGCUGAAGCCAGAGAUGCACACCAAGGAGCAGAUUCUGGAGUUGGUAACCCUGGAGCAGUUCUUGACAGUCCUGCCCCAAGAAAUGCAGACCUGGGUCAGGGAAGGGGGCCCACAGAGCUGUGCCCAUGCUGUGGCAUUGGCUGAGGAUUUCUUGCUAAGGCUGGAAGAGGCUGAGAAAAGAGAGGGGCAGUUUCAGGUGCUGGAACCUUUCGAGGAGGUGAUUAUUAAUUCUCCCAAGACAGAACAGGAUCUGUCAGACACUGAGGAGAUGCAGCUCCCCACGGGGGCUGAGGAGGAGGGUGAUGGGGAGGUCAGCCUGUUUGGCAAUGAGCAAAUGAGAGCGAACAAGGAGGCAGAACUUCAGCCAGAGAGUUCUGAGCAAGUAGAAACCAAUGGGCUACCUGGAGAACGAGCCAGAGGGAAACUUACCCAGGAUUCUCUGCUUCUUCUGGGGAAUAAGAAUAAGGAACAGAAUCUUCAGCUAGAGAGACUCCAGACAAGUAAAGGCAGUAAAAGCUCCUUGGGGAGAACCAGAAACACAUUUUCCCCAGGACUUAAGGUGGAUGAAGCACUCAGAAGUCAGCAGAGGUUGAACCAGCACCAGGAAAGCCCUCUAAGAAAGACAUCAAGAAAAGCCAUUGACUCUGAGGAGAAAAGUGAGGAGAGCAUAAACAAAAGCCCCUCCAAAGAGAGAAUCCCUAUGCAUGCGCCUAAAAAAACAGCCGUGGAGCAUGGGAAAAGCUUGGGUCAGAGUGUUGACCUCAUUCAGCCUGCAAAGACACAAUCGUAUGAAUGCUCAUACUGUGGGAAGAGGUGGCCUUGCCAAUCUCAGCUGCGCAGACACGUGAAAAUCCACACGGGAGAGAGACCACACAAAUGCACAGACUGUGGCAAGAGUUUCAGUACCAGCUCCAAUCUUAGCCAGCAUAAAAGGGUCCACACAGGGGAGAGGCCGUACAGUUGCAAGGACUGCGGGAAGAGCUACAGGCGCAGGGCAUCUCUGGUUCAGCACGAGAGGGAAACCUGCCGGAAAGGGAGCCAUUUGAAUGCUCCAGCCGUGGGGUACGUUGUGCUGGGAAACUGCACUUUGCUGUGUAUGAAAAAAUCGACCCAGGGCGGGAGGAACCGCACCAUUGCUCCCAAGGGGGGAGAAGCUCCUUUGACAACACAGCCCCUAAAUCUUUUAACAGCCUACACACAGGAGACCAGCCACGCCAGCGAUUAAACUGUGGGGAAAGUUUUCAGCUGUACAUGAAGCCUCAUUUGGCAAGAGAGAACUUGGACAGUAGAGAGCAAUACUGAAAGCACGGUAAAAGGUUAAUUCAGGACUCAGGAGUCACAAGAGCAAGAAUCCAUGCAAGAGCAACACCAUGGAAGAACAAGGACUGUGGAAACACCUUGCCAAUAUCUUAUUCUGCAGAGGUUAUAGAACAGACCUAAAAAAAAAACACCUGUGACCUGCCAAUCUGUUCAACCUACUAGCCAUAUAUGGUGGCCCUAUUUUUGCAGUCCUAAACAGGUCACUGUGCGUGAACAGGCCGGUGGGCACAUUUAACUUAGGGGAAAAGAUCACAGGCUAAGCCAACCUGACUUAGAAUGUGACAGUCAGGAGUGGAUUCAGAAAUUCAUUCAGCCUGUGGUAACUCCUGCAGUCCAAGAUAAAACCUGAGUCAUGGGAGAUUUGAUCUCGGGACAGGAGCUAUAUCGUCCUUCAUCAUUUCGGAGAACCUUCAGCCUUUGCGUUCACCUUUAUAAAAACUAGGAAACAAACCUGGAAAGAAAACUGUAAAGGUCCCACUGACAGGAACAACUAGAUCCUAAAUUUUAUUUUCAUGAAAUAACAUAAAAUUAUUUUUAAUUUUA